AUGGCAGAAGCAGUUUUCCAUGCCCCAAAGAGGAAGCGAAAAGUGUAUGAGCAUUAUGACUCUCCAUUGCCGAUCCCUUUUGGUCAGGACCAUGGUCCUAAGAAAGAAUUCAGGAUGUACCGUGCUGAGAUGAUGAACAACAACGUGAUUGUGAGGGAUGCAGAGGAUAUUGAGCAGCUGUAUGAGAAAGGUUAUUUUGGAAAAGGUAUUCUGUCAAGAAGCCGUCCAAACUUCACAAUUUCAGAUCCUAAGCUGGCUGCUAAAUGGAAAGAUAUGAGGACAUGCCUGCCCAUAAUCACUUCAGAGAGGUAUCAGCGCAGUGUAGAAUGGGCUGCAGAGCUCCUGCGUAGGCAGGGGCAGGAGGAGAGUGCUGUGCACAGCAUCCUCCAGGAUUACACCAAGCCACUUGAACUCCCUUGUUUGCAAAGGUACGAAGAGGAUCAUCUGCAGAGUGAGCUAAACUCUGAAGUGGAUCCCAGCAUGGAAGGCCCAGCAGGAAGAGAGAAACUUUCUGUGAUGAAUGGAGACACUGGAGAGUCAGAUGACAUGGUGGACCUGAACAAGGGAUCUGCCUGCCCACAGGAGGGUUCAGGGCAGGAUGCCGUCACUACAGAUAGCUCUGAUGGACUCACAAUAGAGGGCACUGCACCCCUGUCCCAUGUCCAGCAUAGCCACCAUGAUGACCUCAUCCCCCAGCAUGGUUCUCAGCCUGAGGAUGACCGGCACAUGGAUCUCCUCUCUGCCAGAGAAGGCGGGGCUGGUCACGAGUAUGUGCUCGUGGAGGAAGUGGUUCAUGAUGUGGGCACAGGAGAGGAUGCACCGAGUGAGGAAUCAGUGCAGACAAAGAGAUUAAUAUGCAGAAGAAAUCCAUACAGGAUCUAUGAGUAUUUGCAGCUCAGCCUGGAAGAGGCAUUCUUCCUGGUCUAUGCUCUGGGAUGUCUUAGUAUUUACUAUGAGCAGGAACCUCUAACGAUAAUAAAGCUCUGGAAAGCUUUCACUGCAGUUCAGCCCUCAUUCAAGACCACGUACAUGGCUUACCAUUACUUUCGAAGCAAGGGCUGGGUGCCCAAAGUGGGACUCAAGUAUGGAACAGACCUACUGCUGUAUCGGAAAGGCCCUCCGUUUUACCAUGCAAGUUACUCUGUCAUUAUCGAGUUAGUUGACGACCUCUUUGAAGGCUCCCUUCGAAGACCUUUCAGUUGGAAGUCACUGGCUGCCCUAAGCAGAGUUUCAGUUAAUGUCUCUAAGGAACUUAUGCUGUGCUAUUUGAUUAAACCCUCUACCAUGACAGAUGAAGAAAUGGAGUCACCAGAAUGUAUGAAAAGAAUUAAAGUUCAGGAGGUGAUUCUAAGCCGAUGGGUUUCUUCACGAGAGAGAAGUGACCAAGAUGAACUUUAACGACUCAACCCCACAUGUCUGACUUCAUUAACAAAUACUUAGUGAG